UUCAUUUAUUUUAAGAAUUGGGUCCAACAUUUUGGCAUUUACAAGGCACAUAUUCAAAUGUAAUGCAAGUGCAAAAGUUCUAACAACAUUUUGUGCUAUCCUUUCUUGUGUAACACAAUUGCUUUACUUGAAAACUUUACACUUAAAAAACUACUAGGACGACCAAGGCAGUCAUUUUGACCAUUUUGGAUUUUCAAAGAUAUAAUAACUUUGUGAAAAAAAAGAUACUGAGGAAAUUGUAGGAAAGUAGAGACAGACAAUUUCUCUCAUUGACUAGAUGAACGCGUGUGUCAUUUUCCGUACAAAGUCGCCACAAGAGCAACAUGGCACUGCUCCAACAAUCAUAGUCCUCGCUCACCCUGUCAACCCGGAAACACUUUCUUAAAGGGCCCGUGGGGGGGAGGGCAGGGUAGGAGGGCGCCCCCUUCGUGGGGGCUGGGCAAGUACAACAGGUCGGUCCAAGUUCAGGUGAGCCGGUUUGAGGCGAGCCACUGAAAUGCGCUGCGACUGCAUUCCAGAGCUCAGACGCAAACUGGGCCCCGGUCCGAGGAGAGGUCUGAUGGGGCGCUGAACCGGACGACCCAGAUCCCGAUGAACGCCCGGGCUAUGUCGGUGGAUGUCGUCGAUGACAGUGGGAUGGCUUCUGGCCACCGAGUGGUCGUGUCCACCAUGGUGAAGAGAUGCACCCAUCCAUAAUCCAGCCUGGAAGCCAGUUAGGACGCACAACCCACGGGUUACAGUUGGGUUGUCCUCUUUGUCCCAAAUUUACCACCACACGGCAGGAGACCAUUUUUAAACACCUGGAUGCCCACAUCCAAAAUGCAGUGCAUUUCCAAGGCAUGGCAAGGUUUUUGCCCACUGGACAGAGCAGUCCAAAGCUCUACUGAGAGGUGACCUGCCUCCUGUCUUCAGGCUCCCAAGACUCCGGAAACGGACGUUUUCGGAAGUCGUCCAGGAACAUAACAAGGGCUUAGAACCAGAGGGGGGUUCCUUUACAUUACUUGAUGACCACUACACCCAACUACAGCAAAGAUGGCAAAACGUGCAAGAGAAGCCCGCAGGUCUGCCAAUGAAAGAUUGGUGGACUUCAUCACGAAGCUGAAGGGGUCGGACAAACGGCUACUGGAAAUAAUCACAGGUGAAGGCAGCUCCAAGUGGCUGGUGAAUUUCAGGUCUGCGAAACCAGACAGGGUCUUCACCUACCUGGAAGAAGACGACCAAAUUGAUGAAGUUUUUAAGGACAUCAACUUGGUCUUCAAAGGAGCCACAAAAUGUGCACCUUAUGUCCCAACGACAGAGUUCCAGAGAGUCAGCUUCGUGUUAGAUGUGCUGAUGCCUGAGGCCAUUGUCCAUGCUCUUGUGGCAGUGGAAAACCUCUCUCUAGCUGAGGCACAGAGAAGAUUUAACGCGGGACCAUUGUAUGAUGAAAGUGAAGUGCAAGAAUUUAAUGAUAUUAUCAAGAUGCAGAAGAGGCAGUAGAUCGAGGCCGAGCAUUAAUAUUCUUAUUUCUAUUUUAUUUUAUUUUUACUUUAUUUUAUUUAUUUUGUUUUUGUUUUGAUGUUUUUGUUUAUUAUUAUUAUUAUUAUGUAAAACCUCAACCACAUUCUGUAAAAUGCUGAACCUGAUGAUAACACUGAAAAAUAAUAAAAUAAAUUACU